UGCUGGGUCUUUCUUUUUCCUCAAGUGCAGGCAGAGUCCCCGGGAGCCAUGGCCAGCCCUUCCGGCAGCCCUGAAGACAAGGGCAAGCUCAGAGGCAGGGACGGCCGGCAGAGGCGGGAGGAGGAGGAUGCCCCUCCGGAGGAGAAGAGGUUGAGGCUGGGGCUGGAAGGAGGAAGCGCAGCUCAGGAGGAGGGAGAAGACGCUCCACGCCUGGGCAGGGAAGAGACGGGCACCCAGACAGGUGUCGAAGGCAGAGGUGACUACGACCCUGAAAAUUCAGCCCUCCUCUCCAGUGCCAGGAACAGUCCGCAGGACUCGGUUUCGGCAAGCCUGGCUGCCAGCAACGCCGAGGAAACUGCUCAAAGACCUCAUGCGAGUGGAACUCACAGCUUCCUGGAUCCGGCUCAGCAUUCAGAUAUCAAAGCAGACUGCAAUACCUGUGCGGAAAUAGAGGACAGAAAGGUUUCAAGGCAGCAGAUGAAUUGUGACAGAGAGCAGCUAAGGGGUAAUCAGGAAGCAGCAGCUGCCCCUGACACAAUGGCUCAGCCUUACGCUUCGGCCCAGUUCGCUCCCCCUCAGAACGGCAUCCCCGCGGAAUACACGGCCCCCCACCCUCACCCGGCGCCAGAGUACCCCGGCCAGACCACCGUCCCCGAGCACACGCUAAACCUGUACCCUCCCGCGCAGUCCCACUCGGAGCAGAGCGCCGCGGACACCAGCGCGCAGACCGUCUCGGGCACCGCCACACAGACAGAUGACGCAGCGCCGACGGAUGGCCAGCCUCAGACACAACCUUCUGAAAAUACAGAAAACAAGUCCCAGCCCAAGCGCUUGCACGUCUCCAACAUCCCCUUCCGCUUCCGCGACCCGGACCUCCGACAAAUGUUUGGCCAAUUUGGUAAAAUCUUAGAUGUUGAAAUUAUUUUUAAUGAGCGAGGCUCCAAGGGAUUUGGUUUCGUAACUUUCGAAAAUAGUGCCGAUGCGGACAGGGCGAGGGAGAAAUUACACGGCACCGUGGUAGAGGGCCGUAAAAUCGAGGUAAAUAAUGCCACAGCACGUGUAAUGACAAACAAAAAGACUGUCAACCCUUAUACAAAUGGCUGGAAAUUGAAUCCAGUUGUGGGUGCCGUCUACAGUCCCGAAUUCUAUGCAGGCACGGUGCUGUUGUGCCAGGCAAACCAGGAGGGAUCUUCCAUGUACAGUGCCCCCAGUUCACUUGUAUAUACUUCCGCAAUGCCCGGCUUUCCGUAUCCAGCCGCCACCGCUGCGGCCGCCUACCGAGGGGCGCACCUGCGAGGCCGUGGCCGCACCGUGUACAACACCUUUCGGGCCGCGGCGCCCCCGCCCCCCAUCCCUGCCUACGGAGGUGUUGUUUACCAGGAUGGAUUUUAUGGUGCAGACAUUUAUGGUGGUUAUGCUGCAUACCGCUACGCCCAGCCUACCCCAGCCACUGCAGCUGCCUACAGUGACAGUUACGGACGAGUUUAUGCUGCCGACCCCUACCACCACACACUUGCUCCAGCCCCCACCUACGGCGUUGGUGCCAUGAAUGCUUUUGCACCCUUGACUGAUGCCAAGACUAGGAGCCAUGCUGAUGAUGUGGGUCUCGUUCUUUCUUCAUUGCAGGCUAGUAUAUACCGAGGGGGAUACAACCGUUUUGCUCCAUACUAAAUGACAAAACCAUAAAAACCUUCCAAUGUGGGGAGAAAGGAAGCUUUCCGAGGCCUGGGUAUUGCAAUACAUGCAGUAGUGCAUCAUUUUAGCAACUCUAAAAACUAAAAAGAGGAAAAAAAAUUACAUUUUUUAUCUUAUACCUCAGAUAUUUUGUUCUGUGUAUUUUACUAUUGUGGGUCUUUAAUUUCUGAAGGUUCCGUAGUUUGGUUGCUGGCUGUAGGAGUUUUGUUUUUUGUUUUUUUGUUUUUUUUUUUGUGGUUGACCUAGAGAGAUGCUAGCUAUGAAUAAAAACUGGUUUAGGGCCAUAUCCAGAGUGCUUUAUCAUGUAAAUGAAUUAUAUAUGCUGAAUAGUAAGCUACUGGGGUUAUCAGCUGUUCGGGAAGAGUGUAAGUGACUACAGUAGUCAUUUUUUCUGCAUCUGCAUUAUUUUAUUUUAUGAAAGGGGAAAGGUGGGAGGGACUUAGGGGAUUGGGACUGGGGUUCGACUGAAAGAAAAAAAAAAAUAGUAACUGAUGAAUCUAAACGACCCACUGCACCAACGAUCAUAUAGCAACGGUUCUAAGUUACUCAUUGUCCGUUCAGGCCAAAGGUUAUGCUGUUAAGGGGAUGCUUCUAGCAGCCCUUGUGCAUCCAAGUUGAAUGAAGCUGUGCAAACCCACCCUUUAACCUUUCCCCCUGGGCAGUAUUCAGCUUCUUAACCAGCCGCUAGUUAUUUAGGCAAAAACUGCUAGUUAGGCCAUCAACAAGCAUUCUUUUUAUAUUUCUUCCAGUAUAAUAAAUUAUUGAUAUCAUUGCUGACUUUUAUAUUAUGGGAGGGAAAAAAAUAACAUUAAUAAAAAGGUGAUAAAAAGCACUGUUUCUAUUUUUUUCUUUUUUUCCAAAAAAAGAAAGUAAUAAAAACUUAAAUUCUUUGUACCAGUUAAAAAAAUGUAUAAAAUUUACAUCUGUGCAGUGGAGUUGUUAAGUUCUAGAAACAGUCUAUGAAGCUUUAGUUUUAGCCUAGUAGAACAACUGUUAGAGACAGACGUAUAAUUUUUAUGGAAUUACAUGAUAAUCAUAUUCGGAUUUCUAGAAGCAUUUUACAAGUAUUGCAAUCAUUGAGUAGAGAUAAUCAUGGUAUUUUCGUCAGCUUGGUACUUUUUGAAACAUGACUGUGUUAUGUGAGCAAGCUGCAAUUUUUCAGUCUGUGAGAGCCUGCCCACUUUCCCCCCACCCCACCCCCUAUUCUUCCUGGUCACAGUGAUGAUCUCAAACCGGUAACUUUAGUUCUGUCUCCAAGGCCCAGGACACUUGUCAGAAGGAAGCAAAAAUGUAGGUGUACCCUCCUCCUCCCUGAAGAACAAAGCCCCCCCACCUCAGAAGCAGGGCCAGAGCGACACACACGGCUGAAAAAUUGCAGUUUGUCCGGAUUACUUCUGUUUGAACGCCUUCCAUGUUGUCCUGUUUACAAGUUAACCUGAGUUGGGGUAUCUGUCACGGGUCUUCCUGUUUUUGUAUUUAAAUGAAACAAACAGCAGCAAGCUGUCCCCAGUAGUUUUGCUGCCCUAGUUAAGUCUUCAUGUGUACAGUGCCGGCCGUCUGGCAAGCACUUUAGUAAGUUAUCAACUCACCGCUGUGAACCUGCCAAUCCGCUGUAACAACUCUGCUUUCAAACAAAACCAAACAAAACUUUAAAAAAAAAAAAAGUGUUUGUGAUCCAGCAUUCUUGUCAUCCUAUGUGCAUGCAGUAAGAUCGGUUGGAUAUUAAACCAUCAAUAAAGUUUCACAAGAUUUGAAAACCAAGUUUCUGUAGCUUCGAUAUCUAAGGCAGAUGACGGUUGUCUUGAACCCAGAGAGAAAGGGGGGAAACCGCUCAGCAGCCCAAAGCGUAUCAGACGUUCUUUUCCGCAGGCUUCUCUGGGUGGGGGUGGGGAGGGGAAGAGAGGUGUUUUAUAGCAUCACUAAGGCAUUCCCAUUCCCCCACCUGGGAAGCAAUGUGAUGACAGUUGAUGCUUUGAAAGGCAAGGAUUUCUUAAAAUACUAUGGCAUCCUACCCCGGAGGGGAGAGAGAGAAAGAACAGGGGGCCAGGGAGAAUAAACAGAUUUCUCCCAAUUGCCUCAAAUUUCACACUCCAGAAUUUGCAUUGUAUUUGGAAUCACAAACAUAGAAUUCUUACUGUGUUGGUUAAAGUAAAAUUAAUUUGCAGUUUUGAUUUUCAUUGAUGAGCUGUACUUUUCCCCCAUGACUGUAUGUAGUUUUAAUAAAAUCAUUUAGAGCAAGUGGGUGCCAACUGAGGUUGCAGAUCUUCUGUCUAGGCACUCCUCCAAGAUGCCAACAAGUCAUUUUAAAAUGUAUGUCAGAGAUGUAAACAGACAUUUUGGAUUUUUUAAAACAGUAUUUAUUUGGAAUGUUUUCAUUUAUCUAAAUAACUAUUGCUAUUAUGAAUUAUGAAAAAAGAUUAAUAUCAUGUGUGGCCUAUAGUGACUUCUUAACACACACAUCACGCAAUCUGCAAACCCAGAAAAUGUGUAUAUCUGUCUUUAGAAAUUAGUGUUUAUAUCACUUACAGUGGUUUGUGAAUAAAGAAAACUGGUUUGUAAUAUCAAAAAAAUAAAAGCUUAGUCUGAAAAGGUA